CAAGUAUUUUCUGAAGCCAUUGUCUCCCCAACCUCUAGCUCUUUCUCCAAUUAAUGGCACUCACCAUAAACAAUAACAAUUUCUUCCACCUCUUCCUUUUUCUUCUCUUUUCUUUUAUUGCCACUUCUCAAGCAGGUGAUUACAAGUUGUGGCAAGAUAGGUAUCCAUUUAUCAGAAGGGCAAGUUCAUUUUCAUCAUCCUCAUCUGAUUCUUCAUCAUCAUCAAAGUCAACUCCAUCCAACGGUGGGAAAAGAAAGUACUAUGAUUAUAUAGUAGUGGGGGGUGGCACAGCAGGGUGUCCAUUGGCAGCAACCCUGUCACAAAAUUACAGUGUGUUAUUACUAGAAAGAGGUGGUGUCCCUUUUGAAAACAUAAAUGUAACAUUAUUGUCAAAUUUCCAUCUUACCCUUGCGGACACAUCUCCUACUUCUGCUUCACAAUUUUUUGUAUCCACCGAUGGCGUGUUUAAUGCUAGAGCUAGAGUGCUAGGUGGUGGUACUUCUAUCAAUGCCGGCUUUUACACUCGAGCUAGCACAAGUUAUGUUAAAAGGACAGGAUGGGAUGCAAAAUUGGUGAAUGAAUCGUACCCAUGGGUUGAAAAACAAAUUGUUCACGAGCCUGUUUUUGAACCAUGGCAAAGAGCUGUCCGAGAUGGUCUUGUUGAAAUUGGUAUUUCACCGAACAACGGGUUCACCUAUGACCACUUGUAUGGUACCAAGGUUGGUGGGACGAUUUUUGAUAAGUAUGGACGGAGACACACCUCUGCAGAGCUAUUAGCCUCUGCAAAUGUGCAAAACCUUGAUGUUUUGAUUCAUGCCAGAGUUCAAAAGAUCACGUUUGACACAACUGGGAAAAAGCCGAGGGCGGUUGGUGUAAUUUUCAAAGAUGAGAACGGUGAACAACACGAGGCUUUUAUCUCAAGGAGGCGAAGAAGUGAGAUCAUAGUAACAUGUGGUGCAAUCGGUAGCCCACAACUGUUGUUGCUUAGUGGAAUAGGACCAAAGACUGAUCUUGACAAGUUGAAGAUUCCAGUUGUGCAUAAUAACAAGCAUGUCGGGAAACACAUGUCCGAUAACCCGUUGAAUACUAUUUUUGUCCCAUUCAACAGGGCUGUCAAACAGUCGUUAAUUGAAACCGUCGGAAUCACCAAAAGGGGGGUGUACAUUGAAGCAAGUAGCGGGUUUAGUCAGUCUCCAGAUAGCAUUCACUGUCAUCAUGGAGUUGCCUCAGCCGAGAUCGGCCAACUUUCGACUAUUCCCCCGAAAAGACGAACACAAGAACACAUUGAAGCUUUUAGACGAAACAAGAAAGAUCUCCCACACGAAGCAUUUCAUGGAGGUUUCAUUUUGGAAAAACUCGCUUACCCGAAGUCAAAGGGACAUUUAACCUUAAACAACACAAAUGCUGAUGACAAUCCAACCAUCACAUUUAACUACUUUAGCCACCAGAGUGACCUCCGGAAAUGCGUGAAAGGGAUUCGAAUAGUGGAGAAACUUGUGAGGUCCAAACCGUUCCUAAAUUUUACCAAAUGCAGCAAAGAUACAGUCGAUAAAUUGCUCAACAUGAGUGUCACUGCAAACAUUAAUAUGAUACCACGACACACAAACGACACAAAGUCACUCGAGCAAUUUUGUAAAGACACCGUGAUCUCCAUCUGGCACUACCAUGGAGGGUGCCAGGUGGGCCAGGUGGUGAACACGGAUUACGUGGUCAAGGGAGUUCACAGGCUUCGAGUCAUUGAUGGGUCUACUUUUCACCAGUCUCCUGGCACCAAUCCACAAGCAACAGUUAUGAUGCUGGGAAGGUACAUGGGGGUGAAGAUUUUAAGAGACAGAUUAGGAAGGUUGGCUGGUGUAUGAAGUGGUUGUAGACUACUUGGAUGUCAAAGACUAAAUGAGGCUGGGUAUCAGUAUGUAAUUUUUGUCGAGUAUUAGAUCAUCAAAAACUAAUAUGUAUAAAUUUAGGUAAAACAAAAGAAUGGAAAAGUUAAAAUGUUUUGACUUUUACAUUCUUUUGUAAUUUGUUUAUUUUUCUUGUAUUUCUUAUGU